GAGAAUAAAACAGAAAAAGCAUCUUUCUCCAUUUAGGUGGUUGCACUCUGUUCUCCUUCUCCCAAAGUCACAGUGGAGCAGAGUGCUAGUGCAGAGAGGCAACAAAGCCUGAAUCUAAUGGCUUCGUCGUUUUGAUCUAUAAACUCACACGCUUUUUCAAAUUUUAAGUUAUCGUCGUACAAUGGCCAAAGUUGAAAACGGCAUGAACCGGAUCGUGCUAGAGCCGCAUUCACAAUUUGACCUCACCACACACUCACGCGCCAGUUCCAUUCGAUCCCUUGCAAUAGCCACGCUCUCCAAUCCAAAACGACACCAACCCGUUAUCUACGUCGGCACCCACUCCGGAACCCUCUUUUCCCUCUCCGCCGACGGAAACGACACCACAGUCCAAAACGACGUCGUUUUACGGAAGCUCUCAUUCCUGCGCAGCGUUUUGGUGAGCGACACCGGCGUAGAGUCCAUUUCGGUUCUCGAAGAGUUCGGGAAAGUGCUUUUGCUCUCCGAUGGUGCUUUGUUCUUAGUGGAUUCCGAGCUCUCAAAUCAUGCCACGAAAUUGAGUUUCUUGAAGGGCGUUUCAUUGGUAACGAGGAGGAGGUUGAGGAACAGCGAGUCUGAGAGUUCAGGUUCGGGUUUAAGUCCGGGUUCGGGACAUCGGUUUUUGCAGAAAUUGGGUGGGGUUAGGGCGAACGGUUUGAGAAUUAAGGAGGGUGAAGCGCAAAGUGAGGGUGGUAGUUGUUUUUUCGCUGUUGUUGUUGGAAAAAGGUUGAUUCUUGCAGAGCUUGUUUUGGGGAAUAGAAAUGGAAAAAGUGAGAAAGAUGUUAGUGGCAGUUUGGUGGUUUUGAAAGAGAUUCAGUGUGUUGAUGGAGUUAUUAGUACCAUGGUGUGGCUUAAUGAUUCUAUUAUUGUUGGCACUGUGAAUGGUUAUAGCUUGAUUUCAUGUGUUACUGGACAGAGUAGUGUUAUCUUCUCGUUGCCGGAUGUGUCGCGGCCGCCGCGGUUGAAGUUGUUGCACAAGGAGUGGAAGGUGUUGUUGUUGGUGGACAAUGUGGGAGUUAUUGUUGAUGCACACGGGCAGCCGGUGGGGGGGAGUCUGGUGUUUCGGCACGGUUUGGAUUCUGUUGGAGAAAUUGAUUCCUAUGUGGUUGUUGUGAGUGAUGGGAGGAUUGAGUUGUAUCAUAAGAAGUGUGGGAGCUGUGUUCAGGUGUUGCCGUUUGGCGGGGAAGGGGUUGGGCGUUGUGUUGUUGCCAGCGAGGAAGAUAGGGGUGGGAAGCUUGUUGCUGUUGCAACUGCUACCAAGGUUGUGUGCUAUCAGAAAUUACCUUCUGUAGAACAAAUUAAAGACCUUCUGAGGAAGAAGAAAUAUAGGGGAGCCAUAUCCUUGGUGGAGGAGCUUGAGUCUGAAGGUGAAAUGUCGAAAGAGUUGCUCUCGUUUGUUCAUGCUCAGGUGGGAUUCCUCCUGCUUUUUGACUUGCAUUUUGAAGAAGCAGUGGACCACUUCUUGCUCUCUGAGACGAUGCAACCUUCUGAAGUAUUCCCUUUUAUAAUGCAAGAUCCGAAUCGCUGGUCCUUACUGGUUCCUAGGAAUCGGUAUUGGGGUUUGCAUCCUCCACCAGCCCCUCUUGAAGAUGUAGUAGAUGAUGGUUUGAUGACAAUCCAAAGAGCUUCUUUCUUGAGGAAGGCAGGGGUAGAAACAGUAGUAGAUAAUGAUCUUUUUCUCAAUCCACCAAAACGAGCUGAUUUGUUGGCGUCAGCAAUCAAGAACAUUAGUAGGUAUUUGGAGGCCUGUCGAGAAAAAGACUUAAUGGAAUCAGUCAGGGAGGGAGUUGACACACUAUUAAUGUAUCUCUAUAGAGCUCUAAAUUGUGUUGUGGACAUGGAAAGGCUAGCAUCUUCUACAAACUGGUGUGUAGUGGAGGAAUUGGAACAGAUGUUAGAAGAAUCAGGGCACCUACGGACCCUUGCCUUCCUAUGUGCCAGUAAAGGAAUGAGCUCAAAAGCUGUACAUAUUUGGCGCAUCCUGGCAAGAAAUUAUUCAUCUGGCCUCUGGAAAGACCCUGCUUUGGAUAAUAGCACUCAGGAUAAUGGGGAAAACCUUAUUUCUGGCAGGGCAAUUGCUGCAGCUGAAGCUUCAAAGAUUCUUGAGGAAUCAUCUGACCAAGAUUUGAUUCUACAACAUCUAGGAUGGAUUGCAGAUAUCAGCCAGGUUCUUGCAGUUGAAGUUUUAACUUCAGACAAACGAGAGAUCCAGCUUUCUCCUGAUGAAGUUGUUGCUGCUAUUGAUCCCCAGAAGGUAGACAUUUUACAGAGGUAUCUCCAGUGGUUGAUUGAAGACCAGGACUGUAAUGAUACACAGUUGCAUACAUUGUAUGCCCUCUCACUUGCCAAAUCAGCAAUUGAAGCUUUUGAAUCUGAAAGUAUCUCUGAAAAUGUUGAUAGUGGAAAUAUAGAGACAAAAAGUUUGGCAACCUUGAAGAACUCAAUCUUUAAGACUCCUGUCAAAGAAAGAUUGCAGAUAUUUUUGCAAUCUUCAGACUUGUAUGAUCCAGAAGAAGUUCUUGACUUGAUUGAAGGAUCAGAGUUGUGGCUAGAAAAGGCUAUUCUGUAUAGAAGACUGGGGCAGGAGACUCUGGUCCUCCAAAUUUUGGCUUUGAAACUGGAAGACAGUGAAGCUGCUGAGCAGUAUUGUGCUGAGAUUGGAAGACCUGAUGCCUACAUGCAAUUGCUUGAAAUGUAUUUGGAUCCAGAAGAUGGUAAGGAGCCCAUGUUUACUGCUGCUGUUCGGCUUCUCCACAAUCAUGGAGAAUCAUUAGACCCAUUGCAAGUUUUAGAGAAACUAUCUCCAGAUAUGCCACUUCAACUUGCUUCUGAGACUUUACUAAGAAUGUUCAGGGCCAGAGUUCAUCAUCAUCGUCAAGGACAGAUUGUGCAUAGUUUAUCUCGUGCCGUAGACAUUGAUGCAAGAUUGUCAAGAUUGGAGGAAAGGUCAAGGAAUGUGCAAAUUAAUGAUGAGAGUCUCUGUGAUUCCUGCAAUGCACGCCUUGGUACAAAGCUCUUUGCUAUGUAUCCUGAUGACACUGUUGUAUGCUACAAGUGUUAUCGCCGUCAAGGUGAGUCAGUGUCUGUCUCAGGCCGCAAUUUUAAGGAAGAUAUCCUAAUUAAACCGGGUUGGCUUGUGAGUCGUUGAUCUUGAAACUAUGAUGCUGCAAUUAGAUGCCAUCAUUUUUGGCUGAAUCUGAUCAGUUGCCAUUCCAUAUACCGAAUCCAAAUUCAUUAAAGAUUGGAAACAGGAAAUGUGUUGAUGAUCACUCGGGUUAUACAAAUAACUUGAGAACAUUUGGAGUGUCCACCUUCUAACCAUCUACACUAAAAGUGUGAAGUUCAUAUAGUUAACUCCCACAUGAUGGUACUGUAAAUAAAUUUCUGUUGAGUUCUCCAUUGUACUGCCAAAUUCCCAUACCCCGUCCCCCCUUUCGGCAAAUUGCAUUGUAAAUUCGAUAUUGUAAAAUGUAAAUUUUUGCACAGAAGAAUAAUGAGCUCAUUCUGCCUUUUUAGUUCAUACGGAAUGUACUGGAGUAUGGCCCUUGAAAUAUUGGAACUUUGCUAGGAUUAGACAGCUGAGACCACAUAGGUAGGUAAGCCUUUUCAAAGUAACGACUGCAGUUACAAUCAACUUUGCUUAUUUUCAACUGCUGUUACGUAGAUAGGGUUACACAAACUGAAAAUGAAUCAAGAGGUCCUUAAAAAUAUUCUUUAAGUAAAUAUAUGCUUUUAUACACUUUUAAAGCCCUUUAUGAUUAGGGAAUAUUGGUAACGUUGCUUUUCAUUGCAUCUCUGAUAGAUAAUGACUUAUCAGCCGGUAACUUGUUCACUCCUUAAAAAUAUGGUUAUUGUCAGAUUUCGAAAGAAAUAAAUGUUGUAUUAUAAUUUAACAUAAACGCAAAAUAAAUAAUAUCAGAUAUGGUAGCACUAAUAGAAGGAUAUUAUGGUAUCAAAUGCUUUAGGCUUUGCUAGAGAUAGAGUAAGCUUUUAAAAGAUUUUUCUUAUUUUUUAAAAGUAAGAGAAAGGAGUUGGGAGGGAGGAUUUCGAUUCUUUUCAAAACUUUAUGUUCUUGCAAUUUUUUUGUUUCUUCAAUUUUAAGGGUUUUUUUUUUCCUCCUUUUUUAAUCUUCAAAUAACUUUCCUUUCUCUUCUCCCAUGUCUCAAAUUUAAAUUUUUUCCCGAAAUAGCCCACUGCUAAGCUUGAAACUCUUGAGUUUGGUGCUAAAAAGAUAAUUAAAGGACUGUUAUGGGUAUUGCAUGAUGAAUAAAACAGUUCUAUUGCAGAAUUUGAAUUUGCUUUGAUUCAGAUUGGUUUAUCAGUUUCAUUGCUACGAAAAUUGAACUAUUUGAAUAUAUUUUUACUAUUUUUGUGGGGCUCAGCUCGUGUUGCACCAUUGCGCCUCAAGCAGCUUUUCUGUUUCUCCUAGUGGGUUUCAAUCUUUGAAACGUGGGAGUUCUUGACUGUAGUUGAGGAAAAUGGGCCAAAGCGAAGAGGAGAAGACAUCGAGGAUCUCAAGUCACGAAGUAAGAAGUUGAAGGUGGGUCUUGAACUGAGGAUGGUUUGUCGUCAAUCAUGCAAGAAGACCCUCCUUGUGCACGUGCUACUAAUCAAAUGACUUCUAAGCUGUAUAGAUAUAAAUCUAUCUUGUAUAAAGAUAAAGUUCUUGCUUCCCAAGACAUAGAUCUAGUCUUAGGACAUAAUGAUAUUACUCAAUCUGUAAUGGAAGAGUUAAAUAUCCCCUACGAGGCUAAUGGAUUUGAAGAAAUUAAUAAUAUAGGUCAAUUGUUUAUGG